AUGGCCUUACCACUGCGGUCAAUGGGCCGCCCGGCUCGUCUGCUGGCCUGCAGAGGCCCAACGACUACCGCUACGCGCUACUUUUCAGCCUCUCCCUUCCGCUUUAUGCCCGAAGACCCGGUCGUGCCACAGCCACCCCCAGAUCCUCAAGCAGAAGAUUUCCCUUCAAUGCCCGAGUACUCGCCCGAUCGGCUCUCCAAAGGGGAGCGGUCUAUGUAUGACAUGAUGUCGCCGGAAGAACGAGCCGCCUUUGAUGAGCAGAACCGCAACAUGGUGGCAGAGUUCAACGACGUGGGCAAGCGGAAGGCCAUGUUUGCGGAGCUAGACAAGAAAGUCCGCGACAUUGAGAAGGAAGAGGAUCUACGGUUCGAGGAUAUUCGGACCAAACAGCGUGGAUUCUGGGCCAAGUAUGACGAUGACGAGUUCGCCCAGGUGGAGGACGGCGACGAGGAGAUCCACGACGACGAAAUCACCUCGAUGGCCCAUGCGGAAUUGGAAUUGCACCGCGAGAUGCGAGAAUAUGCCCGCAUCACGGCAUGGGAUAUGCCAAUGCUGAGCAAACUCGCAAAACCUUUUACUCUGCCUCCUAACACCCACAUCCUCCGCUUCCGCUACACCACAUACCUGGGCGAGCAACAUCCCGCCGAGCACAAGGUCGUUGUGGAACUCGCCUCCCAGGACCUGGCACCCAAGUACCUCACCGAGGCCCAGCGGCAGACCUUCUUGAAGUUAGUGGGUACGCGCUACAACCCGCAGACGGACAUUGUGAAAAUGUCCUGCGAGAAAUUCGGCUCGCGCGCACAGAAUAAGCGGUAUUUGGCGGAUGUGGUCAACGUACUUAUCAAGGAGGCCAAGGAAGGGGACUCCUUCGCAGACGUGCCACUCGAUCUGCGUCACCACAAGCCCAAGGUCCGGCCACAGUUCCCAGAAUCGUGGAAGAUGACCGAAGAGCGCCGGAAACAGCUGGCGGCACGGCGCGCGGAGCGAUUGAGUUUGGAGCAGGAGCAGCAGGCCAUUGUCGAUGGCCAAGCUGUUCUCCAAGAGGCUAUCCGGACCCUGCCGUCUUUGAAUCCUGCUUUAAAGGCCAAGGCUGAUGCGGAACGUGAGAAGGUCGCGGUCAAGGUUGGCGGAUCGCGUGCACAGCGACCGGUUCGUCGGUGA